AUGGGCCAAAAGGAUAUCACAAUGCUCUUAUCAGAGUUUGCAUCCACAGACCUGACAAAGGCUCUCCUGGACGACCGGUCUCCUUGCUUUCCCGCUGAAAUCUGGACACAGAUAGAACACGGAACAGUCUGGUGGGACCAAGAAACAUACGACGGCACAACAUUAGCAUCAGUGUUUAGGAUAAUGGCAGAGAUGUCAUUUUAUCGCCAGCAAAUCAAGGGAGACCCGGAGACGCUUUCAAUGGAAGUCGUGCGAGAUUUUGAGCGGUGUCUACAGCCGUCAUUCCAGAUCCUCAAUGUCGACCAUAUCAAAAAUCCCAAUACCUACAUGGUGCAUGAAUCGACGCUCGAACCGAGGAUGCAGGCCGAUUCAUUUACGCGCGCCUUUCAACAUAGUGCCCUCGUCUACCUCUACCGAGCAAUAUGUGGCCUUCCGCCGAGGCAUUCAUUGGUACAGCAGCAUGUCCAGUCUGCCGUGGAAUGUAUCAGAAAUAUCUCGCCUCUUUCUAAAGCCCACAACUGUAUAAUAUUCCCAUUAUACAUCAUGGGCGCCCACACGUUCCUACAAGAUCAGCAGACAUUUGUCUCGGAGAGACUUGAUUCUAUAUACAAAUAUUUGCGCUUCAACUCCGUGCUGUUGGUUCGCGCGGCGUUGGAAGAUUUAUGGAAGUCACCGCGGCAUAAUGGGGAUUGGUGGGAUAUGUUUAGAUCACUAGGCGACCAUGUGCUUGUGAUUUAA